GCACAUAACUAGUAAAAUAACAAUAGAAGUAUUAUGAACAAAUAAAAGAAAAUUUAAUGAAAUAGUCCCUCAGUGAACCGAAUGAGUUCAUCUUUCGUUUCGCCCAAGUCCCAGAAUCAAGAUUCGAACUUUCAUUUGUCUGAAUAUCAAGAAAACGCAACUUCAAUUACUGCAAAUUUUUACCACCCAGAAAUUGCUGAUGAAAUUCCCGUAAACGAAAUGACAAUUGCUGCGAUUUUCCCAAAUCGCCAUUCACUCAUUCUGCUUCUUCUUCCACUAAUAUUCACCGCCAUCUUCCGUUCGGUCAAUGCAACGUGCCAGUUCAGUUUUGAGCAGAAUAAUAAACUUUAUAAUUACAGCUUAACAGCCCCAAUUCGUAAUUUCCCUCAUGGCAUCCUCAGUGAAGAUGGGUUCUACAAGGUGGCUGCUAAUGGGACUGUGCUAUGGUUUCAGCUUUGUGAUGCAAUGAUUUUCAACCAUGAUCCUCCUACCUGUAUUGACUGUUGGGACUGUGGUGGUAAUUCUCGUUGUGGAAUGGGUUGUAGUGCCCUUGUGGCUAACACUGUUGGAG